AUGGACGAGUUCGAACCGAUUCGUGGUUUUGAUGUCCCUUUUGAUGGAGUGGGAGAUCGGGAUCCAUUGGCUAUACCUCCUCCUGAUGGGGAGAUGACCAGCCUCGACACUAGCCUCGCACAGUCAGGUCAUCAACCUGUACCUGCAGAACCCGAACCCAUGGUAGCUGAGCCUGAACCGGAGUCGGAAGAGUCACAAGCAGGGUUCGAUCCGAUGGACGUGGAUUUAGAAGUAGAGGAUCCCGAAGAAGAACCUGAGGGAGAACCCGAGGAGGAACCGAAAGAAGAGCCAGAGGAAGAACCCGAGGAAGAACCGGAAGAGGAGCUUGAAGAAGAGGAGCUGAUUGAGGUCCCAUUGGAGUCGGGAGAUGAAGAUAAUCCGAUCGAGAUUGAGAAGCCAGUUUGCAUGUAUAAUAUGUUUGUUGUGAAUAUAGUGGGUAUAAUGUAG